GCAGCCAUAUUUAUUUUCGUGUCGUAUGGUAAACGUCAACAACAAUCGCAAAAUACACUUUUCGUGCUAUUAGCCUGUUUAGAUUCCUUAUUUUCACUGUAAGUUAAAUGUAAAAAUGAAUAGAAGUGAGGGACUGAUACAAAGAAGAAACGUCUUAAAAGAGAACGGCAAUGACGGUUCCCAAAAGGAAAACCAAGACUUCGAUGAUAAGAAGAAUGAUAAAAACUACGAUGACGGUGAUUCAAAAGAGACUCGUUUAACUCUGAUGGAAGAAGUGCUACUGUUAGGAUUAAAAGAUAAAGAGGGUUACACAUCAUUUUGGAAUGACUGCAUAUCGAGUGGUCUUCGAGGAUGUAUUCUCAUCGAGCUGGGCCUGCGUGGCCGCGUGGAAUUAGAAAGGGCAGGCAUGAGAAGAAAGGGUCUCUUGUCAAGAAAAGUAAUUGUGAAAUCAGAUACACCAACAGGUGAUGUGUUGUUGGAUGAAGCACUGAAACACAUGAAGGAUACAGACCCCCCUGAGUCGGUGCAGAGCUGGAUUGAGUAUCUCAGCGGUGAGACAUGGAACCCGAUGAAGCUCAAAUAUCAACUGAAGAAUGUCCGAGAAAGGCUAGCCAAGAACUUAGUAGAGAAGGGGGUGCUCACUACGGAGAAACAGAACUUCUUACUGUUUGACAUGACAACACACCCACUGACUGACAAUGUUGUCAAAUGUCGACUUGUGAAGAAGGUGCAGGAGGCGGCGCUGCGUCGCUCCGUGACGGACGUGGCGCACGCGGACAAGCGCUCGCUGGCGCUGCUGAUGCUGGCGCACUCGGCCGACGUGCUGGAGAACGCCUUCGCGCCGCUGUCGGACGAGGACUACGAGCUGGCCACGCGCCGCGUCCGCACUCUGCUCGACCUCGACUUCGAGGCCGAGGCCAUGCGGCCCGACGCCUGCGAGAUCAUGUGGGCCGUCUUCGCCGCCUUCACCAAAUAGCGGUAAACUUACACCCUACUAGAGAAACAUCUGUUCAAGAACAGCCAUUGGACACAGUGCAAACUGGUUUUCGGACUGACACAGCAUUAGAUUUGGUUCCGUUUUUCUUUUCGUUUCGACUGUCAGCUCGUCUGGUUGAAGGAAUGUGAGGUUGUUUAUGCAUCCCGUGUGAUAUGUAGAGUUGAGGUGCUGGCCAAGACAGAUCGCGAUAAGCGCUCUCCGUUCUGUUCAAAUAUUCCUUAUCAACAGUAUUACAGGAAGUUGUAAUCGUGGUGGAAUUACGACAUGUUGACGUUCAUAAUUGUUUCAGACUCGCGAGUCGUGUAUAAAUUUCCGAUUUUAUUGUGGAUAGAAAAUAAUGAUAAAAUAUAUAAAGUAAAUAUUUAGAAUUUUGUUUCCAUAAUAUUAUGAUUAUAGUUUAGUUAGGCUAAGAUAAUUGCGAUUCGUUUGCCUUAUCCUUUCGGCUAGCAUUUCAUGUAAAUAAUAUUGGAAAGAUUCUUUCGAUCAUGGUUAAGACGUAUAAAUAUUUAUUGGCAUGACUUGUGAAUUUAUUAUUUGUGAACCUAGCGCAAAAACCAUUGUCUUGUGCAAAAGUUAAAGUAUUUACUAUUUGACCGUAAAAUAUUUUUAAUUCUCAGCGAUAUCUCAUCUCUUUCACCGAGUAAUAUUGUAGAAUAAUUAAUAAAUUGAUAAUGAGUUUAAAGAGUUUAAUAUUAAAAAAGAAAUACAACAUUAAUAGGCCACUUGGCGUGACACUACCUUUUGUUAAUGAAUGUAUGUAAGUACCUGUAUACUACCGUGUACGUUGGGACGCACAUAGCAGCUGGCAAUAAAUCUAGCCAAAGGAUAUAGUUGAAAUCGAAAACUGGAUAAAUGCUACAUGUUCUUCUAUUUUACUGUCUUUAGAAACAAAACUGCCAUUUUGGAAAUGUUCUGUAAAAAAAAUACUAUACUUACAUUAUAAAAUCUAGAAGUAUGUUUAAAAUAAUCAAAUAAACUAUAAUUAAAAAUAAUCCCAGUCUCUAAAUCUUUGUUGUUGAUGAAGUUAUGUUAUUCGUAUAUUUUUACAGAAUAUAUAUUUUUAUUUCUAGUUGGUAAUUUUUAUUAGCAAUAUACAAUACAUACCUAUUAUGUCAUAUAAGAUACUUUGCGAUUUUAUUAAUUAUCUUAUUUAAAAAUAGUUAGAGUAGGUAUAUGUUAUUUUAACACAUAGGGGCACAUAUCUUUUUUUAACUAAAAUAUUCGGUACAAUGUUUAUUCACGAACUUGCCUUUUAUGAAUGCGUCAUUGAGUUUGUUUUAAUACGAGACAGCAUUGUAUUGGAUUAUGGUUGUAAAGCAUUUGUGAGAUAUAUCACAAAAAGAGAACAGAAACGAUUUAAAGGUAUAAAAAAUGCGAUAUCUUCGAAUUCCUCGUGCUAUCUUAUGUUUAUAUUGAUAUAUUUUAAAAUACUUGAAAUUAUACUGUUUUAAGAAGUCGUCCUUAUUUAAGACGAACAUUAAUUCCAAUGGACUUGUUUUCAGUUCCCGCAGUGUCUCGUUAUAUUGUGUUAUGAAUAUGAAUGUAGAGUUUGUAAAGAUAUAUAAAAUAUAUUCGGAGCACUGUUAUAAAUAAAGAAAAUAAGAAUUCAACGAGUGUAAAAGUGAAUAGAGCUGGUAUUGUUUAGGUUUAUCACAGUUAAUAUAAUUUGAUAUUCGUGUACAAA